UGUGUGUGUGUUUGGGUGUAUGUGUGUCUAUGUGUGUGUGUCAUUUGUUGAGUAAUUAGGCAAAUGUGGCUGCCAUGGCGUUCAGUUCAGCGUCAACACGGUCACAUAUGGAAAUAUCCUCACAGGACACAACCUUUCACUGCCAGUACUCCAUUACUACUGCUAGCUAAUUACAUGUAAGAGUAGGUUUAUUGUUCUUGUGCUGGGCAGGUAGACUGUUCGGAGCAGUGAGUGGUCCACAGAGAGGGGAACACGCACAUGUGUAAUUGCAUAAUUUGUCUCCACGUGUUCUGGGGGCUGGAGAACUGAGAGGUGCCUGAGCUUUGUGAGCACACCCGCGCACACACACGCUGGAUGUUCCUGCAGCUGCUGAAGGGAACGUUUGGAGGGUGGAGGAGAGAUGCAGGAGCCACUGAAUCGAUACAAUGUGAGGAAGGUUCAGUGUUUAUGAAUGUGAGCUGAGUUAUUCUAGGUGCAGAAGCCCAAUGAGGAGCAGGCCGUUAGAGCAGCAGACUGCCUUCAUACACGGUCCUCACAGCUACAGUGGGAACUCCAUGACUGGCGCGUGUGGUAGAAGCGAGGUGUGCAAAGUGUGGGGGUGGGUGUGUUCGAGUGCGCGUGGGUCUUGCUACUAAGGACAAGGCAGGAGCAGAGGUGGAUGCGGCAUCCAUGGCUCAGGAAAGGAAGAAGAAGACAGGAGUGCUUCCUCCUGAUGGAGGCUGGGGGUGGAUGAUUGUGGCCGGCUGUUUUGUGGUCACUGUCUGCACUCGUGCUGUAACUAGAUGCAUCUCCAUCUUCUUUGUUGAAUUUCAAAUGCAUUUUGCACGUGAUUACUCUGGAACGGCAUGGAUCCAUUCGUUGGUGGACUGCAUGACCAUGCUCUGCGCUCCACUGGGCAGCUUAAUUGGGAAUCACUUGUCGUGUCGUGUGGCAGUGAUACUGGGAGGAUUUCUGGCCUCUAUUGGCUUGGUGCUCAGCUCCUUUGCCACCAGUCUGGAGUAUCUCUACCUCACUCUGGGGGUGUUAACAGGGCUGGGUUUUGCCCUCUGUUACACACCAGCAAUCGCCAUGGUUGGAGUUUAUUUCUGUGAGAGGAAGUCACUGGCAUAUGGCAUCGCCAUGUCUGGCAGUGGCAUUGGAACGUUCAUCCUGGCCCCUGUGGUGCAGAUGCUCAUUGAGCACUACUCAUGGCGAGGGGCUCUCCUCAUCCUGGGAGGCUUGGUGUCCAACCUGUGUGUGUGUGGAGCACUUUUACGACCAAUCACUCUGAAAGAGGAGGAAGCCUGCCCCCUGCCUGUGGACUCUGAGUGUGGCUACAGUGCCAAGCCUCUGGUGGCCGUCGGCCCUGUGGAUGAGAAGCACCUUGUUGCCAACAGACAGCAAAGAUGCCUGCAGUCCAUGCAAGAGUACCGUUUCCUGCUUAUGCCUGACUUCCUAGUGCUGGCGGGCUCUUUUUUGUUCCUGGCCAGUGGCUGCAGCCUGCCUUUUGUUUACCUGGUGCCUUAUGCACUGGAUGUGGGGGUCAGUCACCACCACGCUGCCUUUCUGAUGUCCAUUUUAGGGGUCAUUGACAUUGUCGGCAACAUCACAUUUGGCUGGCUCACUGACAGAAGGUGCCUAAAGAAGUACAGGAGUAUUUGCUACAUGGUUUCUGUGGGGAUGGAAGGUCUCUGCUGUUUUCUCAUCCCUCUUCUUCGUACAUUCGCCCUGCUGGUGCCUUUCUCAGUGCUCUACGGCUACUUCGAUGGCGCAUAUGUGGCUCUUAUACCCGUGGUGACAUCAGAUGUAGUGGGGACGACAUACCUCUCCUCUGCUCUCGGGGUGGUAUAUUUCCUACAUGCUAUUCCAUACCUGGUUAGUCCCCCGAUUGGAGGCUGGUUGGUGGACACCACAGGCACCUACACAGCAACGUUCUUCUUGAGUGGCUUCGCCCUCAUCUCCAGCGCUCUGCUGCUGUGCACAGUCACUGUUAUCCGCCACUGCCAGAGAAUUCAAAGGAACAGACAAAGCAAGAAAACAACACUGGAACAAUGUGAAGCCCAACAGGCAGACUUUUAUACUACCAAAAAUAAGGACCUACUGAUUAUUAACAAAGCCACCUCAUAGCGUCGGACCCAUCAUUUGUAUUUUCUGUGCUUCUUUUCUCAUUUUUAUAAAAAUCAGGUGUGUAAACUACUGUAGUCCUUGAAAAAGCCUUUGUCUCAUCACUAUCACACUUCAACUGUCUAAAACCUGUCUGCCAAUGUGCCUUUUCUAUCUGGCUGUCUUUCUGUCCAGCUUUUGAAUGAAAAGCUAGAAACAGAAAUGGUGAGUUAGAGUUGGUGCAUAUUGCAUCAAACAUUUUUUAUAAGGUCUUGGUCCAUAUGUGUCAUUCAGCUCAAGAAUGUGUCAGUUCGAUUUUUCACUCAGAUGAAUAUGCUGUGUUAGAGGUUUUUUUUCUAAUGAAUUGUGUAAAAUUACUAAACCUGUGUCAGUGUGACAGAGUUAGAUGUUUUGGGAGAAAGGGUUUUUUUGACACUCAUACAAGAUUAACUGUGCAGUUUUUAUUACAGUGGGUGAGUAGGAUUAGGAUUUGGUCAUGUGAAGUUGGUCUUAAAACAGCAGACAUGCAAAUUCCUUCUUGGUAAAAAUCAUUGCCAAUAGAGGGCAGUGUUAACAUGCACAAUUCACUACAAUCUUAAAAGAUUGCUUGAUGCUUCUGUUAGAGCUGGGC